GACUCGUCCCAUUCUCAUCCCGCCUGCCCUCCUCCCUGCAUCCCCGUGCCGCAGCGGCUGAACAUCAGCGUCAGCACGGUGGGAGACGUGGGUUUCCUGAGCUGCGUGCUGCCCGACGACUUGCUGGUGGCCAUCCUCUCCGAAAGGCUGCAGUUGAGCGACUGCUACCAGGGUGUGGUGUUUGAUGGCCUGGAGACUCUCUUUGCACGCAACGCAGCGUCUGCUCUCCUGUGCCUGCUCAAAGCUGUCAGAAAUCGGCCUCAUAUCUAUUUUGUGAACCUGUUGCAGGAUUAUGCUUCUUGGAAAGCCAGGGAGGCAGCUGCAAAAGAGCAGGAAGAACGGGAGCAGGAAGAAGCUGCCAGGAGGGAGAAAGAACGUCUUUGGGAGAUGGAUGAGGAUGAGUAUGAGGCCCUCACUGACGAGCAGAAAGCUCGGUUUAAUGACCAUAUACGAGAAGCCCAGCGUGAGAGGAAGAAAAGGGAGAUGAAGAGGCUGGCUCGAGAGCUGGAGGAAAAGCGCCGGCGGGAGGAAGAAGAGCUGAAGAAGAAGUCUAAGCGAGGGAAGAGAGAGCUUGGGAAAGAUAACGCUUCAGCGAAGAAAAGGCAUUCUCUGGUCAGGCAGGUGGGUGGUUGUGUUUGCAGUAACACGAACGCAUCCAUCAGCAGCCGGUCGGAUAUCGCCAAGGUGGUAGCUAAGAAGGGAUCUGCAAAGGAGCGCCAAGACUCUGUUGCUGAGGACAAGGAAGAUAAGAAAAUGCAGGGCAAGGUUCUGUCUCCGGCAAGACUGAGUCCAGCUGGGCAACCCACAGACCCAGAGCAGGAGGAAACCAAAAAACAGGAUGAAAGUGACAGCGAGAAGAACUUGGCCCUGAAGUUCAAGGUCUACAAGGCAUCGCAGAAGGAUGUCACGCAUGUUUUGUCAUUCUGGGACAGGGUUCGGGGUGUCCUGCUGCUCCCUCUGAACCAAGAAGAGGUGCACCACUCAGCAGAAGGGCAGCGCCACCAUUUAUCCGGCCACAGGAGUCGGAAGGACAGAGAGAAGGAGCGUCAUGAGAGGCUGGAGAAGGAGGUCCUGGAAAAACUGAAGGCUCUGGAGGACUCCAAGUUAGCUGGACUGGAAGAGAAAGGUGCAGAAGGGCCAGCCAGAGGUCAGGAUGUCGGGGUGCCCUGCUUUAACAUCCAGGUGCUGAGCUCAGAAGAUGUGCCAAGGGAGCUCCUGGAGAGCGGCAACCUGCCGGCGGCAGAGCAGAUCCUGGAUGACCUGGGACUGGGUCCCUCAGGGCCUCCCAUUCCCCCCACUGCGUUUUACUCCGUGAUCCGCUACCCGGAGAAGAGGACGGCCCCUGCACCAGAAGUGCUCGAGCACUUCAUGUUAGUUGUGCCAGGAGGUGCCGCUGCGGAAGAAGAAAAGAAGGAUAGUGAAAGUCUCCUGCAAGUCCCCACUGUGCCUUCAGCAAAGACCUCAGAGGAGCGAGUCACCCCAACCAGGAGCCAGUCGAGGAAGGAGAAAGCCACGGGCAGCCGGAAGGCUGGGAAGGAGAAGAGGAGCUCCAGCUGGGCCAGGAGAAGUCCCCGCGGCACGGCAGCGCGCACGUGUUCCCCCGAGAUGCCCCAAAGUGAAGGGGAUGCAACCCCAGCCCCGGCGAGACCCGUCAGGCUGAGCAGCUGCCGGUGGAUAGUGCCUGCCAAGGGUGAGGUGGAGCUGAAGGUCCAUUUCAGCUCCACGGUGCCGGGCCAGUUCGAUCAGACGCUGCAUUUUGAGAUCCUGGGGACAAACCGCCUGUACCAGCUGCACUGCAGGGGCACCUCCAUCUAUCCCACCAUCAGCCAGGACCCACGGCUGGUGUUUCCUCACCGGAGGAGGAGCAAAACGGAUGAGGACAUCAUCUUCAAGAAGUACAUCAUGAACACGGGUGUCUUCCACUUUGGACCGCUGCUGUGUGGGAAGUCAAGAGACAGGUACAAGGCACUGCAGUAUCCCAGCAACUGCGAGAAGAUCACCAUCCUCAACGUCACCCCCUUGGAAGUGGCAGUGCGUUUCUUCUUCGAGCACGAUCGCAAAGGCGACACGUUCCUUUUGGAGCCUCCCAGCAUGAGGCUGAAACCCUACGAGAGGCAGGAGCUGAGCCUUUGGGCGUACCCCACCUCGGCCGGCCUCGUGGAAGACAACCUGGUGUGCUGCAUUGAGGAGAACCCUGAGCCGGUGGUUUUCCGGCUGUGCUGCCAAGGGGUGCAGGUAGAGCUGGGGGUCAGCCCCAGGCAGCUGAAUUUCAACAAGGUGCUCCUGCACAGGAGGGAGAGCAGGACCCUGGUCCUGCGCAACAGCACCCCGCUGCCCUUCGCCUGGCGCCUCAGCGGGCUGGAAAACCUCGGCAAGGACUUUUCCCUGUCGCAAAGCGAGGGCAUCGUUGGUCCUUGCACGGAGUUUGGCGUGCAUCUCUAUUUCAAGGCCACAAAGGCUCUCAGCGUGAAGAAAAUGAUCCACCUGGAGGUUUCAGAUGCAGAAAACAUCCUGGGGGUUGUUCAGACUGAAAAUAUCCAAGUCCUUGCCGAGGCUUAUGACGUUGCUCUGAACAUCAGCAUUUCUAAGGGUACAGAUGGCAGCAUGGAUUUUGGAGUCCUUAAGGUGAUGGAUGAGGCGAAAGCAGUGCUGACUCUGAAGAACAAAGGGAAGUACGAGAUUGCAUACAGUUUCAAGCUGGAGGCGGCAGAUACCGACAUACCCGACUUGGCAUCCCACUUCACUGUGCAGCCGCAGAGCGGCGUGCUGGCUCCCUCCGAGCGCACUGUGCAGGUGCAGCUGCGCUUCCACCCCAAGAUGGAAAUGACCAUUGAGGAGAAACCCAUCCUGCACUGCCAGGUGAUUGAGCCCAGCAUCCGCGAAGGAGGCGAGGCCAUCGCCAUCAUCCCGGUGAGGGUGUCUGCCAAAGCUGUGUUCAGCAAGUACAGCAUUUACCCAGCCUCGCGCAUCAGCUUCGGCGCCAUGAUCAGCAGCACCAGGAAAACCUGCACCUUCACGCUGGAGAACAAAGGCGUCCUUGAUUUUAAUUUCUUCAUCUACCCUGCAGACCAGGAUGCGCAUGAGUUGUCAAGGACAAGUGCACAUCACAUGAAAUCCACCCACUCCCAGGAGCAUGAGAACUUAAAGAAAACGGUUCCCUUCACCGGGCAGAGCAAGUACAGGGAGGGCAGCCUCUUCAUGCAGGCUCGCUUCACUCUAGGCAUGUUCACCGUGUACCCUGGGUUUGGCUCCAUCCCUCCUGGGGGCCAGCAGGUGAUCACAGUAGAUUGCUACGCGGAGCCAGUGGGGACAUGCAAGGAGCACCUGACCAUUGAUAUCACCAACAGAGACCCCAAGGACAAUCCCCUGGGCAUCCCCUACGCCCUGUUUGCCGAAUCCUGCCUCCCAGCAUUUGUGGUUGACGAUGUAGAGUCCAUCUUUGAGGAGCAUCGAAUCUGCAGCAGCGUCAACCUCUGCCGGAUCCUGCAGACGGUGCAAGACAAGGGCGUGUUUGUCACGGAUGAAAACAAGUUCAUCUUCACGGGUGUUCUGGUUGGGCACCGGGCCACGGCUCGCUUUAAGAUCCGCAACGUGGAGAAAGUUCCCUGUGAUGUGAUCCUCUCCAUCAAAACCGUCCCUGGUAAGGCCGGCAGCCGCGACGGCGAUGCUUUCGAGGUGGAUCCCGUCCGGAUGUGCGUGCCCAGCCGUUCUCACGCCUUUGCUACGGUGAGCUUCGCUCCGCAGGCGAUGCAGAGCUACCAGUGCGCUUUUGAGGCUUCCCUUGACGUUCAGGCAAGCCCUGCAGCAGUCAGAGCCCAAAGACUGACCUUCGAUAUCAGCGGAGAGGGGAAUCUGCCCCGGGUGACAGUGCUGCGCCCGGUCCUUCGCAGCAAGAGAGGGAACCCCCUGCUGCUCUUCAAGAAGCUGUUGCUGGGGGACUCGGAAAAACUCCCUCUGGUCCUUCGUAACGAUGGCGUCGUACCUGUCCAGUUGACGAUAGACCUGUUGGAUGAAGGGGGAGUUUUCUUCUUGGAAGCCAGACCCUACCAAGCUGCGGGUGUGAAGAAGGACUCUCCCAGAGAAGCGAGGAAGCCUCACACCGCAUCCCUGGCCCUGCAGCGCGGGGAGUUGGCGGAGUUUGACGUGCUUUUCAAACCCACGCUGGCCCAACGCGUGGAAGGCAAGAUCCACCUGUCCGUGGUGGACAACCCCUAUGAAGAGACCGAUAUUCAUCUGGUGGGUGAAGGCUAUGAGGAUGACUUCACGCUAGAGAACAUCCGCGGACGAGUGGCAGACAGAACGGAGGAGAGCGUUGAGGGAGACAGAAUUGAGGCCGCCGGAGUGGAUCACAUCCAGUUUGGGGACUGUCACGUUGGGACGCCCUACCCCGUGACCUUCACCGUCACGAAUCACAGCAGGCUGGAGGCGAUGCGGUUCGAGUGGCUGGCGAGCGCCCCCCUUCACUUCUCCCCCCAGGUGGGACACCUCCAUGCUGGCUGUGCUAAGGACAUCACGGUCACCUUGAAAUCGGACGUCGCGGUCACCUUCAAAAGGCAGCCUGUGAAGUGUAAGGUGUCCCGGAUCGCCUUCCAGCUGCCACCGGAGCAGGUUGCCGAUUGGGAUGACUGCCUGCGCGUCGUCAAGUGGGUGGAUGCUGGGAAGGAGCCGGGAGCAAAGUGGCCUGUCAAGAAGAAGGUGAUUGAGACAGGCCCAGAACCAGCUCACACGGUCCUGGAGGAGAGCAGCCGUGAGGUGGAGCUUUGCGUCAGCGCUGCCGUCGACUACGCCGAGUUCAAGCUGGAUCUGGACGUGAUUGAGUUCAAAGAGACCUUGCUCUUCCAGACGAGGACGUUCGCUUUCCAGCUGUCCAAUACAGGGAAUGUGGCCCUGGAAUACACCUGGACGAUGGCAGCUGUGGAGGAAGAAAGGCCAGUGAGCCGUACCGGGGAGCUGCUCCCACCCAGCCUAGACGGGGAUUUCAUCUCGACUUCUGGUGCCUCUGUGAUGCUCCAGCCCAGCCGUUGUUCGAGCCAGCUGGGCUGUGCUCUGGAGCAGGCCUCUUCCUCCUCCUCAAGCUUGUCCCUGAGCACCGUCUGUGCCAGACCGCUGUUCUCCGUGGAGCCCUGCAGCGGCAUCAUCCCUGCAGGGCGCAAGCAGCUCUUCCAGAUGAAGUUCUCUCCGGUGCACGUAGGCAACUUCGAAAGACGGAUGCUCUGCAGUAUUCCUAACCUGAAGCCAGACCAGAAGAGGCCAGAGGUGGCUGUGAAGGGGAGAAGCCUGAUGCCAAGCUGCCACUUUGAACUGGAAGACUCGGAUUACAUCACUGCAAAAAGGCGCAACGCCAAAUUGCCGGGACCCAAGGGGGCAGCGUUAGAUCUCAACACAAGAGUGGUUGAGUUUGUGACCCUUGGAGUGUGCGGCAGGGACAGCAGGAAUUUCGUGGUUAUGAACCCAACCAGUUCCGCAUAUUCCUUCCAGUGGAUUUGCCAAGACCGUGAAGCCCCACGAGAGCAGGUGGCUUUCGUCUGCCUCACAAAGAGAGGUCGGAUCCAACCAGGGAAGAAAGCAGAGAUGAAGUUUGAAUUCAUCCCCCGACACCUGGACAUCACAGAAUCGUUCUGGCUCUUCACAGUCCCUGAGCAGAGCAUGUCAUUCCCGUUCCUGUUGGUUGGCAAUGCCACCGACCCGCUAGUGACUCUGGACAGAUCCCACCUGAAUUUCCACUUGCAGUUAAUCGGGCACAAGGCACGCCGGACUGUCUAUAUGAUCAACAGUGAGAAGGAAGCCUUCACGUUUGCUUUCAGAGAAAACUCCCUCUAUCCAGAGGGAUGCAAUGCCUCUGUGAGAGUUGAGCCCCUGAAAGGCUCCAUCGCUCCCCUUUCAAG